AUUGCCCCCUCACACAUUUCUUUUUAAAUCACAUAGAAAUUUACUAGUAGUCUUUCAAGUUAGGUUUCAUGUCCUCCUCUCUCUAGUUAGUCAUUUUUUCUUUCUUCUUUUUUAAUAAAUCCGGGGGGAUGGAUUUGUUCACUCUCAUUCAAAAAUACUAGUUCGAAGACGUAAAUUCUUUGACUACUGAAAACUUGGUUGUCAAGCUGAAGCAUAAUAUAUAGUGGCAUUUCUGGGGAUGGUUGAAUUUCUGAGCAGUAGAGCUGUUGAGGUCAGAGAGUUUGCUGAGUGAUAAAUUGGGUUACGUAGUAGAAUCAUAGUUUCUGACUUUCUGCUGCUACUGCUGCUUUGUGUGGCCUAAGAGAGAUGACCUUCUGUUCUCUUGGGCCAGUUCUCUUUGAGUAAGAAGAGCACUAGAGGUCUAUAGUAACUGAAAAGGAUGAUGGAGGACUUAUGGAGUGGAUUUUGUGGGGAAUCUGGAGGUUCUGAGAGUUUGAGUUUUCGGUUUCUGGUUCAUCCUUCUUCAUGCAUUAAUCACGCUUUGAUAAUUUUCCUAGACAUAGUUCUUCUUGUGGCGCUCUUGUUCAGUAUGUUUAUCAAGUCAUCAAAAAGAGUUCAUGUUCCAGCACGAUUUCUAGGCUUUUCGAGUUGGCAAAUAGUCUCGGCCAUUUUCAAUGGCGCUCUUGGAUUUGUGUACUUGUGCUUGGGAGCCUGGAAUUUAGAAGAGAAGCUGAGGAAUACACAUACAGCUUUGCCUUUGAAUUGGUGGUUACUUGGUCUUUUUCAAGGCUUCACAUGGUUGGUUUUGAGCUUAACUCUAAGCAUCAGGUUGCAGCAACUUCCAAGACAACCUUCAAGACUGUUGUGCAUCCUUGCUUUUUUGUUCUCUGGAGUUGUCUUUGCUCUAUCGCUCUUCGCUGUCAUUUUCAGAAAUGAAAUGUCAGUUAAGAUAGUACUAGAUAUCCUGACUUUCCCAGGAGCAGCAUUGUUGCUGUUAUGUGUUUUCAAGGGGUAUAAGUAUGAAGAUGGUGAUGAGGUCAGUGACAAUGGCCUUUAUGCCCCUCUCAAUGGUGAGUCCAAUGGUAUUAGUAAAGGUAAUGAUCAUGCAACCCCAUUUAGCAAAGCUGGAUUGUUCAGUAAAAUGUCAUUUUGGUGGUUAAAUUCAUUGAUGAAAAGAGGUAGGGAGAAAACACUGGAGGAUGAAGAUAUACCGAAGUUGCGCAAGGAAGAUAGAGCAGAAAGUUGCUAUUCGAUGUUCUUGGAGCAACUGAGCAAGCAGAAACAAAUUGAGCCAUCUUCCCAGCCAUCAGUAUUAAAGACUAUAAUCCUAUGCCACUGGAAGGAGAUUUUACUAUCUGGUUUCUUUGCUUUGCUGAAGAUACUCACUAUUUGUGCUGGUCCUUUGCUUCUCAAUGCCUUCAUUUUGGUUGCGGAGGGAAAUGAAAGUUUCGAGCACGAAGGUUAUCUGUUAGCCGGAGCACUUUUUGUCUCGAAAACCAUUGAAUCCUUGUCACAAAGACAGUGGUACUUCAGGUGCAGGCUUAUUGGUUUGAAAGUUAGGUCUUUGCUGACAGCAGCCAUUUACAAAAAGCAAUUGAGAUUAUCUAAUGCUGCUAAGCUGGCACACUCAGGUGGUGAGAUCAUGAAUUAUGUUACUGUGGAUGCUUAUAGGAUUGGAGAGUUUCCAUUUUGGUUCCAUCAGACUUGGACUACUAGCGUCCAGCUCUGUUUUUCUUUGGUAAUUCUUUUCCGUGCAGUCGGCCUGGCUACAUUUGCAGCCUUGGUGGUGAUACUUUUGAGUGUGAUUUGCAAUGCUCCAGUUGCUAAGCUACAACAUAAGUUCCAGAGUAAGCUUAUGAAGGCUCAAGAUGAAAGGCUCAAGGCUAGUUCUGAGGCUCUAGUGAACAUGAAGGUCUUAAAGUUAUAUGCAUGGGAAACACAUUUCAAGAAGGCAAUAGAGAAGUUAAGGAAGGAGGAGCACAAAUGGUUAUCUGCAAUGCUGUUAAGAAGAGCAUAUAGUACUUAUCUAUUUUGGUCAACUCCUGUUUUGGUCUCUACUGCAACAUUUGGGGCAUGCUAUUUUCUCAAAAUUCCGUUACAUGCAAACAAUGUUUUCACUUUUAUCUCAACUUUGAGACUUGUUCAGGACCCCAUUCGAACCAUACCUGAUGUUUUUGCAGUUGUGAUUCAAGCCAAGGUUGCAUUUGGUCGUAUUGUGAAAUUCCUUGAGGCACCUGAGCUGCAAACUUCAAAUGUCCGGAAGUGCAACAUGAAGAAUGUAGCUAACUCCAUUGAAAUUAAGUCAGCUAAUUUUUCAUGGGAAGAGAAUUUAUCGAAGCCCAUACUGAGAAAUAUAAAUUUAGAGGUUAGACCUGGUGAAAAGGUGGCUAUAUGUGGUGAAGUCGGCUCAGGCAAAUCAAGUCUUCUAGCUGCAAUUCUUGGAGAAAUUCCAAAUGUGCAAGGAAAUAUUCAAGUUUAUGGGAAGAUUGCCUAUGUUUCUCAAACAGCAUGGAUCCAGUCAGGAACCAUACAAGAAAAUAUUCUCUUUGGUUCUUGUAUGGAUAGUCAGAGAUACCGAGAGACGCUUGAGAGAUGCUCACUAGUAAAGGACCUUGAGCUGCUUCCCUAUGGUGACCUUACUGAAAUAGGAGAGAGAGGGGUGAAUCUAAGUGGAGGUCAGAAGCAGCGGAUCCAACUUGCACGCGCUCUCUAUCAGGAUGCUGAUAUAUAUCUCUUGGAUGAUCCAUUCAGUGCUGUUGAUGCGCAUACUGCCACAAACUUAUUUAAUGAAUAUGUAAUGGAAGCACUUUCAGGCAAGACAGUUCUACUUGUGACCCAUCAAGUUGAUUUCCUGCCUGCAUUUGAUUUCGUUUUGUUGAUGAUGGAUGGGGAGAUCCUACAAGCAGCUCCUUAUCAGCAUCUAUUGGCUUUAAGCCAAGAAUUCCAGGACCUUGUCAAUGCGCACAAAGAAACUGCUGGUUCCGAAAGGCUUUCAGAUGUCACUUCUGCACAAAAUUCUGGAAUAUCAUCUAGAGAGAUUAAGAAGAGUUAUGUUGAGAAGCCAUUAAAAGAAAAUAAAGGUGACCAAUUGAUUAAACUAGAAGAGAGAGAAACAGGAGACACAGGUUUUAAGCCAUACAUACUGUAUCUGAAACAGAACAAAGGGUUCUUGUACUUCUCAAUUGCCGUUUGCCUCCACUUCACUUUUAUUAUGAGUCAGAUUGCACAGAACUCUUGGAUGGCUGCUAAUGUUGAUAAUCCGAGUAUUAGCACAUUGCGGUUGCUUGUGGUUUACUUAUCAAUUGGAUUCUCCGCAACAUUUAUUUUUCUGUUUAGAUCUCUUGCAGCAGUUGUUGGGGGUCUUGAGACAUCAAAGUCGUUGUUCUCACAACUACUAAACUCCCUUUUUCAUGCACCCAUGUCAUUCUAUGACUCAACACCUCUGGGAAGGAUACUUAGUCGUGUUUCAUCUGAUCUGAGUAUCACAGAUCUUGAUAUUCCAUUCAGCAUAGUAUUUGCUUGUGGAGCUACCAUGAAUGCCUAUUGCAAUCUUGGAGUAUUGACUGUUGUUACCUGGCAAGUCUUGUUUGUCUCCAUACCAAUGGUCUAUGUCGCAAUUCAGCUACAGAAAUAUUACUUUUCCACUGCAAAAGAGUUGAUGAGGAUCAAUGGAACAACUAAGUCCUUUGUAGCAAACCAUCUAGCAGAGUCUGUAUCGGGAGCCAUUACCAUUAGAGCUUUCAAUGAAGAAGAGCGCUUCUCGGCAAAGAGCUUUCACCUCAUUGACACAAAUGCUAGUCCUUAUUUCCACAGCUUUUCUGCAAAUGAGUGGUUAAUCCAACGAUUAGAGAUAAUCAGCGCAUCGGUUCUUGCCUCUGCAGCACUUUGUAUGGUUUUGCUUCCUCAUGGAACCUUUACCUCUGGGUUUAUUGGGAUGGCACUUUCUUAUGGUCUAUCACUAAAUGUGUCCUUGAUCAACUCAAUUCAGAACCAGUGCACUAUAGCAAAUUACAUCAUUUCUGUUGAAAGACUAAAUCAAUACAUGCACAUUCCAAGUGAAGCCCCGGAAGUAAUAGAGGGAAACCGUCCACCGGCCAACUGGCCUGUUGUAGGAAAAGUGGAGAUACAAAAUUUGCAGAUUAGAUAUAGGGAUGACACACCACUUGUUCUUCGAGGGAUUAGUUGUGUUUUUGAAGGAGGACAUAAGAUUGGUAUUGUUGGCCGGACAGGCAGUGGGAAGUCUACACUCAUCGGUGCUCUAUUUCGGCUGGUCGAGCCAACCGGAGGGAAGAUCAUAGUCGAUGGCAUUGACAUCUGCACUAUAGGACUUCAUGAUCUGAGGUCAAGAUUUGGAAUAAUACCUCAAGACCCUACUCUCUUUAAUGGCACCGUCAGAUACAAUUUGGACCCCUUAUCUCAACAUUCAGACCAGAAAAUAUGGGAGGUUCUUGGAAAGUGUCAGCUUCGAGAGGUUGUUGAGGAGAAAGAAAAAGGCUUAGACUCGUUAGUUGUGGAUGAUGGAUCAAACUGGAGCAUGGGGCAAAGGCAACUGUUCUGCCUCGGGCGCGCUCUUCUAAGGAGAAGUCGGGUAUUGGUGCUUGAUGAAGCAACUGCAUCCAUCGACAAUGCAACUGAUACGAUCCUGCAGAAGACUAUAAGGACUGAGUUUGAAGCUUGUACAGUAAUUACAGUAGCUCACAGGAUACCAACUGUGAUGGAUUGCACAAUGGUUCUUGCCAUUAGCGAUGGAAAGAUAAUGGAGUAUGAUGAGCCAAUGAGGUUGAUGAAGAGAGAAGGCUCGCUGUUUGGGCAGCUUGUCAAGGAGUACUGGUCUCAUCUCCAGUCUGCAGAAUCUCAUUGAAUGAAACAAUAUUUCUUGUGUAGCCAUGAAAAUAGUGAAUCAGGAAGCAUGAUCAAUGUAAACUAUAGAAAUAAAGCACAAUGGUUAGAAGGUGGAGAUAGGAAGACCAUAUUCCUAAAUUAAAUCUUAUGAAAUUGGUUAAUUU